GGAGGGAGAGGGGACGGAGGGCGCCCCGCCAGCCUCACUCACCCUCUGACUUCCCAAUCGCCGAACGACCGGGGGAGGGGCGGCGGCGCGGCGCAAACGUCAUCAAACGGCGACCGCAGAUGUGAGUGGAGGACGGAGGGACGGAGUUCAAGGGACGUGCUGAAAAUGCUGAGGCUGUCUGUUGUGUUUCCGAUGGGUGUGCUGCUUUUCAGGACCAUGGCCUGGACGUCCUCUGGAAGCUCGCACGCACAGCUCGUCGAGAACCUGAGAAGAAAUGGUGUCAUUCAUUCUGAGCGAGUGUUCAGGACAAUGAUGGCCACAAACCGAGCCCAUUACUCCAAAACCUCUCCCUUCAUGGAUUCUCCACAGAGUAUAGGUUACCAGGCAACCAUCUCUGCACCUCACAUGCAUGCCCAUGCCCUGGAACGCCUGAAGGACCAUUUGUAUGAGGGGGCCCGAGCUCUGGACGUGGGGUCAGGGAGCGGUUACUUGGCAGCAUGCAUGGCUCGGAUGGUGGGCCCCUCUGGGCUGGUCGUGGGAAUCGAUCACAUCCCCCAACUGGUGGAACAAUCCAUCAGCAACAUUCGGGUGGAUGACCCGUCCCUGCUGGCCGCAGACAGGCUGAAGCUGAUCGUGGGAGAUGGUCGCCUCGGAUACGAGGAGGACGCGCCCUACGACGCCAUUCAUGUGGGCGCGGCUGCGGCCAUUGUUCCUGAGGAGUUGUUGCAACAGCUGAAGCGUGGUGGUCGGCUAGUCAUUCCUGUCGGUGGGAGAAACGGCCAGUUACUGGAGCAGUACGACAAGACGAUGGAUGGCAACAUCACCCACAUGCCUCUGAUGGAAGUGAUUUACGUGCCGCUGACUGACCGUGAGAGCCAGUGGAGUGGACGUGAACUGUGAUGUCCCUACACCCGAUCUUUAGCAAGGCAAGGACGGCUCGUGUGUUAAACUCACCCAAUGCCUCAGGACGGACUUCUGACUCCCCAUGGAAACGAUGGAACAUGGGCAACAUCCGGGCUGGUGAAGGAUACACAUUUUCCAUGAAGCGAAGCAGAUUUAAUGGGAUAAUCUGAAUGUAUUGGUGUGCAGUGUGGAAUCGGGAAUAAAGCGCCCUAGACAACUCUCAAA